UCUGGAGUAAUGAAUUUUUGCGCAGUGGCGCUAGCACUUCAUGAUUUGGGCUAUCGCGCAGUAGGAUGCCGUAUUGACAGCGGAGACCUGUCUUAUUUGUCGAAAGAAAUUCGCAGCAGAUUCAGAGUGGUGGCAGCUUUAUGGAUUUGUUUUGCGAUGUUCAGAGAUCCAUGCUUGGAAUGGUUCGCAAAAUUGUCGAUAACAGCGUCAAAUAAUAUCAAUGAGGAUACAAUUAUUUCGCUGAAUGAGCAGCAACACGAAAUCGAUGCAUUUGGCAUUGGUACUCAUUUGGUUACCUGUCAAGGACAGCCUGCCCUUGGGUGUGUUUACAAGCUGGUUGCCUUAUCGGGCGAGCCGAAAAUUAAACUGGGUGAAGACGUCGCAAAGAUACAAAUCCCGGGACGUAAAAAUUGUUAUCGGUUGUAUGGGAAGGGUGGGUUCUGCAUUUGUGAUUUGAUGACGCUUGACACGGAGCCGGUGCCAAAGGAAAAUCAGCCAAUACUUUGUCGACAUCCUUUUCAGGUUUACUUUUUCCGUUUCUUACCUUAUACAAAAGAAGCAGGAAGCGAAUGCUGA